CUAAGAACAGCAUCUGCAGCAACGGGACCUGAGAAGGAGGUUGGCCAGGCCCCUCCACCCUCAUGCUCCAGGGCAGGCGCUGGGUCCAGCCGGGUCAAGAAGGAAUCUCUGCCCUGUAGAUUUGGGCUCAAGAUUGCAGAGAAACCACCUGAUGGAGACGACUGCAUCACCUGGCUCAGGCUUGGUGUAACGUUGGUGACAGCGGUAAGGGGGCUCCCACUGCCCCCUCAUGGCAUCUGCUCUCACCAUCCUCCUCCUCGGCUGCUGGCUGGCCGGGCGGAGUGGGAUGUUGGGAGAGGGGUCCUACCCCAAACCCUCCAUCUCCGUCAGCCCCAGUGGGGUGAUCCCCGUGGGGGGAAACGUCACCAUCCGGUGCUGGCAUCAGCUCCUGGACAUGAGGAUCCUCCUCUACAAGGAUGAAGAUGAGAAUUAUCUGACUUACACAGACCCUGCCGGCUCUGAGGCUGAAUUUCCCAUCACCAGAGCCAGACGGGAACACGGGGGCAGCUACACCUGUCGUUAUACUGAUAGAACAGGAGAAGUUGUCUACUCGGAGCCCAGCGACCCUGUGCAGAUCGUUGUAGCAGCCCCUCGCCCCGCCCCGAUGGAUGCUGGUUCUAGUCCCGCAGGGGAAACCGACCCGACCCAGCCUGGAGCGGCGCCAGCUCCCACCCACCCGGGCAGGGCGGGGCCAGCAGGCCCCCCAGGGCGCCCGGAUUUCACCCACACCAACAUCGCUCGCCUGGGGCUGGGCGCCGUGGUCCUGCUCGUCCUGGGGCUGAUCCUGGCCGAGGCCUAUUACAGCCGGCGUGAAUUUCUCAAACCCACCCUCUGGGUGAGCCCCAGCAGGGUGGUGGCGCUCGGGGGAAGCGUCACCAUCCGCUGUGAGGGUCAGGACCCGGGCAUGGAGUUCUUUCUGCGUAAAACUGGACACUGGAACCCGCAAGUCCGGACGGUGCGUGAUGGGCCCGUGGCUGAAUUUCCCAUCCCCAGUGUCGGCCGGGAAGAUCGAGGGAGCUACACCUGCGAAUAUCGCUCUGAAACGGAACCGAGUCACUGGUCGUAUCCCAGCGACCCCGUCGAGAUCAUUGUAGCAGAGCCCAGCUACCCCAAACCCAGCAUCUCCCUGAGACCCAGCGGGGGAGUCUCCCUGGGGGGAACUGUGGCCGUCCAGUGUCGGGGGCUGCGCCGGGGCGUGCGGUUCGUGCUGAAUAAAGAGCGACGCGAUUUCCCAUCUGUGGAUUCGGACGGGUUUGAGGCUGAGUUUCCCAUCAGCAACGUGAGCCGGGAGGACGGCGGGAGCUACAGCUGCUCCUAUCACAGGAGAUCGGAGCCGUUGGCCGUGUCGGACCCCAGCGACCCCGUGGAGCUGACCCUCACAGUGGCUCGGUGCCAAUGGGUCGCUCAGAGCCAGGCUCUGUCCUGA